AUGGACUUAAGACACGUUUAUCAGCUAUACUGCUCCGUGUAUUUUCUUACAUCUUUUCGAAUACAAACAAAUUCGAGCGCAUAUUCACAUGACCCCGACGAGUUUGUUCGCACGAUUAUAAUGCAAUACGAUAAACCACCUGUACAAAUAGUAAUGGUAAACGCUACGCAAGUUCCAUUAGCUACUGAUCGAGAAGUUCAACGAAUUCGAAAAAAACUUCUCAUUAUCUUUGGUAUCUUUCUGGGAGUGGCUAUAUUCUUUUUGGUGCUUUCUGUUUUGACCGCAGCAUCAGCAACGACACCAACAGUGGCAACAUCAUCAACAUCCACCACAGUUAUCGAAAAUGCAAAACCAGUCAAUUAUAUCUUACAAAUUGUUGAAGCUGCUCUCAUCACUUUACUCUAUGGUUUUGCUUACUAUGUAACAUAUGCUUAUCAUCCAACAGGCUUGCGUGUGAUUGCAUGGCUUAACAUCAUCUGUGCAGUCGUGUUGUGCUUAACUUUCAUAACAUUUCUCAUUGUGUUCAUCGUAGCAAUGUCAUAUGUGGAUGGAUCGGAAAAAGGGAAAAAGAUGACCGCGUUUGGAGGAGUUCUUAUGACAUUGCUUGGUGUUUUCUGUAUUAUUGAUGUCCUGCUACAAAAAAUCGUGGCUAAAUUAUGCUUCAAAUUAGCACGUCUUAUUAAUGACAAGAAGAAAAUUCCGUUUUCCAAAGCAUAUAUCACAACUGAUAAUUAUACGUACGCCAUUCGUCAACAAUACAACGGAUCAUCCCAUCAAGAACAAUUUAUCCAUACAAAUAUGCAAUACGAACAAGGAACUGAAAAAGUAUUCAUGGCUAGUGCUCCAACAGCCUCUUCGAACGAUGAUCGACAACUUCAACGAACUAGAAAAAUUCUUCUCAUAGUCUUCGGUAUUUUUCUGGGUUUGAGCAUAUUUUCAUUGGCGAUGCCCUUUAUGGGUGUUUCAACAGCAACAUAUGGUUUGGAAAGAAACUAUACGCCGCAAUUCGUUCAAAGUAUUCUUUCAAUUGCAUUCUACUCAUUUGGUUAUUAUGUUGCGCAUAAUUAUCAUCCAAUUGGCUUACGGGUGGUGGCAUGGAUUAUGAUUAUCUCAGCGGUGUUUCUCUGCUUAACUACCAUAGGAGUCUUCAUCCUACUAAUUGUUAUCAUGGCAGGUGUGGAGUUUCCUCGAGAAUUUCAAUCUUUGGCUGUUUUUGGGGGAGUUUUACUCUCUGUCGUUGCUGUUGUUAGUUUGAUUGUUUUUAUCGUAGAAAUAAUCUUGAUUAAACUAUGCUUCAAAUUGGCACGUCUUAUUGAUGCCAGGGAUAAAUUUUUACAUCAACAGGUGUGA